AUGAAGUGGUACCAGAUCGCCGCUCUCGCAGUGCCUACUCAGGCCGCACUACGCUUCGGAUGCUCAACCUUGAGCAUCCAACGGCUUGACCCGCUCGUUGAGCCAGGUAAACUUCCUUCAGCUCAUGUUCAUCAAAUUGUUGGUGGCAAUGCAUUCAAUGCGACUAUGCAGGAAGACCCAUCUACCUUGGCUACCUGCACAACGUGCACGUUCUCAGAGGACUUCAGCAAUUACUGGACCGCCGCGAUGUUCUUCAAACACACCAACGGCUCGUACAAGCGAGUGCCUAUCAUGCAGAACAGCGCCUUGCCGAACGGAAUCAACGGUGGCAUGACCAUCUACUACACACAGCAAGACUUCAACGGGAAUGGUAACCAGAAGAUUACUGCUUUUCCCAAGGGCUUCCGAAUGACUGUAGGUUCGCCUACAACCAACACGGUAGAAGACGCGAAGAAACACCCAGGUCUUCGCUUCGUGUGUCUGCAAGACAAGAACACCCGCUUCCCCGAGAGCCCAGACUUCCCACCCAAGGCCUGCAAAGGUGGCAUCAUGACUGUGCACCACUUCCCCUCUUGCUGGGACGGCAAGAACGUCGACUCGCCCAACCACCAGGAUCACAUGUACAACACAGCCAAGGAAGCAUUCGCGGUUGCCGGCGCAUGUCCGUCUUCACAUCCAGUGCGCAUGCCACAGGUUGCCUAUGAGACACUCUGGGAUACUACCCAGUUCAGCAACAUGUGGCCCAAGGAUGGCUCCAACCCCUUCUUCCUUUCUUACAACGACAACAAGGGCUAUGGUACCCAUGCGGAUUACCUCUUUGGUUGGAAAGACGACAGUCUACAGAAGGCGAUGGACAACAACUGCAUGUUUCAAGCUUGCGAGAAUGGAAGACCUUUGAAGAGUCAGAAUGUUCAGGCCAUGAACCAAUGCCAAGUUAAGAGCGCUAUCAAGGAGAAUAUCGAUGGCUGGCUUGACCAUAUGCCCGGUAUGGCGAUGUAG